AAAACUACUGUAACAAAUGUAUCGCUCAUUGUUAAUGUUAAUGCAGUGGGUUCUUAUGGUAAAGUGUUGAGAGCAGAUGGGAGUAAAGCUCAGUGUUGAUCAGUAACGAGGACGUGCUCGAUCUCAGCCACACGUUCGUGACAGCAUCACCGCCGCGCACUGAUCAUAUGUGCUCUAACUACAGGUAACACAUGGGUUUCGUCUUACAUUCAUUGUCAUUCAAGCCCAGCACACGUACGCUGGAACCAAACCUCAUUUCUGCUGCUCGACACAGACUGAACAACAGCUGCAGGACAGGCACUGACACCCGACUGCAACACACAAAACCACUGCUUUUACAUGCACUGCUCCGUUUGGCUUCCAUAUCAUGUUUUCUCUCAGACCAGUGGAAAGAAAUCAUCCCAAAUACACACUGAAGUGCUUGUUUUAUUGCUCUUUAUCUGUUUGCAUCUGUAGAUUUCAAUCUUUAAAGAGAUUACAUAGAGCAGACUUUACAGUUUUAUUCCUCUCUGUUUGUUCAUAUUUUAUUCACAUUAAUCUGUACAGCGUUUUACAGAAAAAUCAUGGUGAAAAUCUGUUUGUUUUCUGAUUUACGGAGUCAUAAAAAGAAAAAAUCCAAAAUCCCCUCUGGGAAAACCUUUAACACUAAUGCGCCAACAAAAUCAAGGACUUUUAAACCCGACUGCAGCUAAUGUUCAGUUUUGUGUUCUGGAAGUGUAUGCAAAUGAGUGCAUAUUUAAUUAGGCAGUGCCUCGUUUAUGUUAAACUGAACAUUUCCGAAAUCCUGUAAACUUAUUGAAGUGACCAUUCUUAAUGCCAUUCAUCAGCUGGAGACUCAGUGAGGUGUGUUAGUCGUCUAUCUUUGUUUUUUCAGCCUGUGUUCACCUGUGGCGUUGCUUUAAAGAGCGAGUCAGAUCCUCCUUGGGGUUUUGAUUUUCCAGAGCAGCAGCAGCAGCAGCAGUCUAACGAAAAACACGAGUGUUGCAACAGAAAGGGUUUUGUCAGUCGUUUGAGAAGACGAGAAAGAAAUCUCGACAAGUGCAAGAUGAAUUAGCUGAUGAGAUGCGAAAGAAGGUUUAUGAUGGAGGAUGAAAGUCUAUCUUAUCCAGCUCGAGUUUGCCAAAGGCUGUUUAAUGUGUGACUGCGUUUACAGUGCGCAUAAUGCUGAGUAGAUAAGUAACCCCGCUGACCUGCAUGGAACCAACUAACCCUUAAAACACAGGCUGUCAGCAGAAAAAAACCAGCUGGAUGAGUGUUCAAAGGUGACAAUGACAAGAAUCCAGUGAGGAGCCGCUUCAGACGCGCGCCGUUUCUGGUGUCAGAAUCGCUGGAGUCACUGGAGACCUGAAGGGAAUCCGCGCGUCCGGUCGAAUCACCCGCGCGUAGAAAAGUGCCAACUCAUGAUCGGCAACGAGAGACAGACAGGUGAUGAGACAACAGUGAGACCGUCGCGCAUCUCUCGCACUCCUUCAUCCGAGCUGAACGCACGCCAUCAUGGGACGCUACAGCGGCAAGACGUGCCGCCUGAUUCUGAUGCUCGUCAUCACCGUCAUCUUCUUCGUGGCGGAGAUCGUGGCGGGGUACAUGGGCAACUCCAUCGCGCUGGUGUCGGACUCUUUUAACAUGCUGUCGGACAUCCUGUCGCUGUGCGUCGGGCUGACGGCGGCGCGGGUGUCGCGACGCGCCGGUUCGGGCCGCUACACGUACGGCAUGGGCCGCGCGGAGGUGGUGGGCGCGCUGGCCAACGCCGUGUUCCUCGCCGCGCUCUGCUUCUCCGUGUCCAUGGAGUCGCUGAAGAGGCUCGCCAUGCCGCAGGCCAUCGAUGACCCGCCGCUGGUGCUGAUCGUGGGCUCGCUGGGGCUGGCGGUCAACGUGGUGGGGCUGCUGAUCUUCCAGGACUGCAGCAGGCUCUGCGGGAGGCGGCAGAAAGACGCGCCGGUGCCGCGCAAGGAGGAGGAUGAGGAGGACGCGGCGGAGGAAGAAACAGGCCUGCAGGAGGAGAAGGCUGGGAGUGACGGGCCUCCGCUCAACAUCCGGGGCGUGCUGCUGCACGUGCUGAACGACGCGCUGGGCUCGGUGGUGGUGGUGGUGGCGUCGGCUCUGUUUUACGCGUGGCCGCUGCCCCAGGACAGCCCGUGUAACUGGCAGUGUUACGUGGACCCCAGUCUGACGCUGGUCAUGGUGGCCAUCAUCAUGUCGUCAGCCGUUCCUCUGGUCAAAGAAACGGCCGGAAUCCUGCUGCAGAUGAGCCCCGCCGACCUGCCGUUCAGCGCCGUCCUGGAGAGCGUGUGCAAACUCCCCAGCGUGUCGAGCGUGCACGAGGCUCACGUGUGGGAGUUAGCUAAAGGACGUAACGUGGCCACGCUGCACGUCAAAGUGUCCGCCGACCUGUCGGAUCCGUGCUGGGACAGACCGGCCCUUCGCACGCAGAUCCAGCAGCUGUUCCACCGCGCCGGCGUUCACAGCGUCACCGUUCAGCUGGAGCGCGCCGACGGAGAGCCCGAGCGCUGCGGCGCCCCCUGCGUGUCACCCGCGUGCGUCAAGCUGUCCUGCUGUCCCGUGGGCCCGUCCGCCGUGAGCCACGGGAACCCCGUCCCUCCCUCGGGAGACGUGGCCGUCGACGUGCUGCCGGAGAAAGACACGGAGCAGAAGUCGGCGAAACGCGCCGAGAGCACCAAGUUCUAACGCCGUUUCCCGAGAAGCUUCGUCCCGGACUAGAAACCCAGGGGUUUUGAGAAGCACUCCCAUGAUAUUCGACAGAACAAACAGACUCUUGUGUUUAAUUCCUCCUCACGACUGUGCCUCGCUGCCCUUUAAGACUCCAGCUAAUGAUUCCUGCUAAUUGUUCUUCGUUAGUGAAUCUGUUCACGAAUCUGUUCAACACGGCGCCCGACGCAAACCCGAUCAUCGUUCCCAAUAAUCAGCGGCUUAUUUAUUGUUCUGCAGAGAACGAGAGACACGUCCAGCUCGUAUUUCAGCCCAAAGUAACACGAUAGCGAUACAAACACAUAAUCACACCAAAGUCUCGUGACUGUGUAGAGAUUGUAAACAUAAUGAUGGUAUAAUAAUAACAGACAGUAAUUGUGCCUCUAAUGCUUGCGCUGAUUGUAAUAAUUGAUCAUCUGUAUUACAGUAAUAUGCAAUUAUUAGUGAAAAAUAUUUUUAAAACAAGUUUCUUUUGUUUUUGGGGUGAGAUUGGACCUGGACAUGGUUGCAGAAGAUAUAUUUACAUUCCUUGUUGUUAUUUAUGACCUUUUGCUCUUAAUAAUCUCUUUAUAACUUUUUAUAUCAGCGAAACAUAGAAUUAACUGAUAUCUAGUUGUGUGUAAGUGAGUGUGUAUUUGAAAGACAAUCAAAUGUACUGUAAAUCUGUAAAAUCAGAUUUAGCCUUUCUAAGUAAACAGAUCUGAAUGAA